AUGGAAUACGAAGGCCCUGAGGAUCCGCAAAUAGGUGAAACCAUCAUUGCCUAUGACUCGACUUACAAGCAUCUCAAUGAGCGUGACCUCCUGUACAUGAUUUUAGCUAGAUCUGAGGUGCACCACGAAUCAGUUCAGCAUUACGGGCAGUCCAGCAGAAACGAGAUCGCGAGCCUACGAGGUGAGGUCACCAAGCUUCGCAAGGAGAUAUGUGUGCUUCGCAAUUUGAUUGCGAAUGACGCAAAAUUCCCCAACUUCGCCAGGCUGCCCGCAGAGGUUCGCAACAUGGUUUGGAACCUCGCGCUUCCAGCACAGGUUGUCAAGAUAACACAUACACGGAGUACAGGCGGCCUCCGCUUUCGUUUUGCGACAAGGAACCCACCACCUGCUGUAUCCCAGGUUUGUCAGGAGGCUAGGCAGGUCGCGCGACGUCACGGAGCCAUCCGGGCAAUUGAGCAUGAAGUUAAUCUCACAGGGCGCUUGCGGUUCAGGCGGCAGAUGCAGAUGGAUCCGAACCACCAAAAUCCGCCACGGUUCGAAAGGGAGUGGUCCUGGUUUGAUUCCUACCGAGAUAUGCUCUUGGUCGAUAUACUUGAUAGCCACAGCCGUCUACCGCCCGCCAACGGUCUGCUCCAACUCACCAGAUCCACGGAAUCCGUGAUGCUGGAAAAAACCGGCUCCUUGCGCGACCAAGCCUGGCUCGAAGACCUUUUUGACCCUCAUCACUUUCCCAAAUUAAAGACCGUCAUCGUCCCUGCCGCUACCAUUGUAACCCGUCCGCCGAAAGAUGCUCCGGAUGAAGCUCAGACGUAUCGCAUGAAUUCUAGGUCCCCCAAUGUUUUAGAUAUAGAUGACGAAGGUGACAUGUCGGACAUAGCCAGAAAGCUAGGUAUUGAGCCCGACAAAGCCUUGAGAUUUCGUGAGUGGACUACCACCAGAGUUAUAGAAGGCAUCCUUGUCGAGUGGGCUACUGGUCUGGAUGAUAGAGGUUGGAAGAUUUUCCAAAAAGAAACAGCUGAGCGCUUUUUCCUAGGUGAUCGCAUCAAGUUCAGGAGGGUAUGCAGAUUAAGCACGUGUACAGAACGCCGCCUAUUGUGA